UGUAGCAAAAAGCUAGCCAAAGCGGUACAAUGUUAAGGUUUCAAGCGAUGCUAGGUUCAAUGUAGCAGGUUAUCUUCUGAGGUUGCAGAAUGGAGUUCUGGUCAAAUCCUGGUCUCAGUUAUGUACGAACAAUGCAGAAGAAAACGUACAGGAAGUAGAAGACGUUGAAAGGAAGAAGAAACUGAGAAAAAGAGAAACAAAAAGAGGCCUGUGGACAAAAGUCAAGCAUAAGCUACAUGCACUACAAAGCAAUUAAUCAGGCACUAUAUGAGUGUUUCAAGCAUAAGCCAAAGACAGCAAUAAAACGCUAUUUUUUGGAACUAAAUCCGCACUUGCGAAACAGACGCUCUGUUCGAAUCCGAAAAAUUGCAAUGGUGACAGCCGACUUGACACCUGUCUACAAAAUUCAUUGCUACAUAGGUUAUAAAAUAAUGAUUAGUUUUGCUUGAGGGGCUCUGAUUUAUCAAAGGAAACAAGUUCACUAGGGCAGGUUCACCAGGUGGAAUCCAGCGAAUACUGUAUACACUGAAUGUCAAUAACUAAAUCAAUAAAAC